AUGUCCACCACUGUGAAAUUACUAGAAAUCGAGGACACGACCCCAAAUAGUCAGUAUGGAAUCGGCUUACGCAGUACUGCAAAUGCGUUCGUAGAAGCCCUAAAGGUAUUCGACGACGCUAAACGAGCCGAUCGCAAGGACUGGAAAGAGAAAGCAGAACAUAAAGGCGACAAAUGUUUCAACAAGCACUUUCCAAUUGGAAAAGUCUACUAUCUGAAGAAAUCGUUCAAUGCCGAUGCUGAGACGGUGUUCAGAUCACACUGGAACGAUGUAAGGCAAAAUUUUGCUAAGCUCUCUGAGCAACUUUUCAUGAUUUCUUUUAUUUUCUUACGCAGUUUGCUGUGUGUACAGUGGGGAUGUUCAUAUUGA